GUCUCUCUCUUUGGAAAAAAAACAAUCAAUCAGAGGGGUGAACUCUCUCUCUCUCUCUCUCUCUCUCUCUCUCUGAAUAAGAGGCGAGCAGCAGGCGAAGAGGCUCUCUCUUAUAAGGUUUUGGGAGUCAGUCAACAUCCUAGAGGACAGUUGGAGUGGUCAAAUAUGACUAUGAACGAGCGGAAGGUGAUCGACUUAGAUCAAGGAUGGGCAUUUAUGCAGCAAGGAAUUACAAAGUUGAAAAACAUUCUCGAGGGGGUGCCACAGCAGCAAUUCAGUUCUGAGGAGUAUAUGAUGCUAUACACGACUAUCUAUAAUAUGUGCACACAGAAGCCUCCACAUGACUAUUCCCAACAACUUUAUGACAGAUACAAGGAGGCUUUUGAUGAAUACAUUAAUUCAACGGUGAUGCCUGCUUUAAGGGAGAAGCAUGAUGAAUUUAUGUUGAGAGAACUUGUAAAGAGGUGGUCUAAUCACAAAGUCAUGGUCAGAUGGCUUUCGCGUUUCUUUCACUAUCUUGAUCGUUACUUCAUUGCACGGAGAUCGCUUUUGGGUUUGAAUGAUGUUGGCCUCCAAUGCUUUCGUGAUUCGGUCUAUAAGGAAAUGCGUGUUAAAGUCAGAGAUGCUGUGAUUGCCUUAAUUGAUCAAGAACGUGAAGGAGAGCAGAUUGAUCGAGCUUUGUUAAAGAAUGUUCUGGAUAUCUUCGUGGAGAUUGGAAUGGGACAUAUGGAUUGCUAUGUCGAAGACUUUGAGACUGAGAUGCUCGCUGACACUGCCUCAUACUAUUCGCGGAAGGCUACAUCCUGGAUUAUGGAGGAUUCCUGCCCCGAUUAUAUGCUAAAGGCUGAGGAAUGUUUGAAACGAGAGAAAGAUCGGGUCACUCAUUAUUUGCAUUCUAGUAGUGAGCAGAAGUUAUUGGAGAAAGUACAACAUGAACUACUGUUUGUAUAUGCAAGUCAACUUCUGGAAAAGGAGCACUCUGGUUGUCAUGCAUUGCUUCGAGAUGACAAGGUGGAUGAUCUUUCAAGGAUGUACAGGCUCUUCUGUAGAAUACCCAAAGGGUUGGACCCAGUUUCACAGAUAUUUAAGCAGCAUGUAACUGCUGAAGGGACUGCCCUGGUCAAACAAGCCGAAGAUGCGGCAAGCAACAAGAAGGCAGAGAAAAAAGAUGUGGUCGGUUUGCAAGAACAGGUUUUUGUUAGAAAAGUUAUUGAGCUACAUGACAAAUACUUGGCCUAUGUCGACAAGUGUUUCAUGAACCACUCGUUAUUUCAUAAGGCCUUGAAAGAAGCUUUUGAAGUCUUUUGCAACAAGGGUGUUGCUGGUAGCUCCAGUGCGGAACUGUUGGCUACGUUUUGUGACAAUAUUCUUAAGAAGGGUGGGAGUGAGAAACUGAGUGAUGAAGCUAUUGAGGAGACUCUUGAGAAGGUUGUAAAGCUGCUCGCAUAUAUAAGUGAUAAGGAUCUUUUUGCUGAGUUCUACAGGAAAAAGUUAGCUCGUAGACUUCUGUUCGAUAAAAGUGCCAACGAUGAUCACGAGCGAAGUAUACUAACCAAGUUGAAACAGCAAUGCGGUGGGCAGUUCACAUCAAAGAUGGAGGGAAUGGUCACAGAUUUGACAUUAGCUCGAGAGCAUCAGACCAACUUUGAGGACUACAUCAACAACAAUGCUAAUGCAAAUCCAGGAAUCGACUUGACGGUCACAGUGCUGACUACUGGCUUCUGGCCAAGCUACAAGUCCUUUGAUCUCAACCUUCCAGCUGAGAUGGUUAAAUGCGUCGAGGUUUUUAAGGAGUUCUACCAAACAAAAACCAAGCAUAGAAAGCUCACCUGGAUAUACUCUCUUGGUACAUGUAAUAUCAAUGGGAAGUUUGACCCAAAAACAAUGGAACUUAUAGUGACAACUUACCAGGCAUCUGCCUUGUUGCUAUUCAAUGCUUCUGAUCGACUUAGUUAUUCAGAAAUUAUGUCUCAGUUGAACUUGACUGAUGAUGAUGUUGUCAGAUUGCUUCAUUCUCUCUCAUGUGCGAAAUACCAGAUCCUUAAUAAAGAACCCACCACAAAAACCAUCUCUCCAAGUGACUACUUUGAGUUCAAUUCAAAGUUCACUGACAGAUUGAGGAGAAUCAAGAUUCCACUUCCUCCGGUGGAUGAAAAGAAGAAGGUAAUUGAAGAUGUUGACAAAGACAGGCGUUAUGCAAUUGAUGCCUCGAUUGUGCGGAUUAUGAAAAGCCGCAAAGUGUUGAGUUACCAACAACUGGUGAUGGAGUGUGUGGAGCAGCUUGGACGUAUGUUCAAGCCCGAUUUUAAGGCUAUUAAGAAAAGGAUCGAGGACCUCAUCACAAGGGAGUAUCUGGAAAGAGAUAAAGAUAAUCCUAAUACUUUCAGGUACUUGGCCUAAUUUGUAAUCUUUUUAGGCCGCAAGGAGGCAGCGAAGAGAGAGAGACAAAUCUUGCUGAUAACUUUUGGUUUAAAGAGAAGAAAAGCAAAGCACGUGCUUAUGCCGCCCCGCCAUGAUCCUGUAUAUGUUGCAGAAACAAAUAUCAUAAUUUUUUUCUCUUUUUUUUUUUUUCUUCCAUUUUUUUACUUUUAUCAACCUCUUUUAGAGAUUUCCCUCCUCCGAUAUGUAAAAUUGUGAAAGGUUUGGGCAUAGAUUUUGGGUUCUCUUUUUCUUUAUCCUACUACUGAUUUGUGUCUUUUCGUUACACUGAAUGUUUUGGUAUCAUUUUGUUUACAUAAGUAAUGUUCAUUGGAAUUGCAUGUUUUUUUUUCCUAUUUUUAGUCGAAUGAAAUCAUUAAUCUUCUUUUGUACUGUGUGAGAGUUGAGUUUGCUGGCCUAUUCUGGAGAGCCUUCUUUCUAGAGAGAGAUUAUUCAUUGGUGUUUUUUGCUAGACAGGGAUAACCAUUGGUUUGGUUGGUGGAUUAUAUUAAUGAAUGCAAUUAAGAGGGUUAAUCCAUUGCGCUCAAGAUAUUUCGCGAUUUAGUGUGGACAUGCUCAGGAGAGGAGGGCCUUCAGACCUUUCAUCUAAUGGCAAGUGAGACUUUAUGAGCCUAGUUCUUGACCCUUUCAGUGGCCGGGUCAUGCAGCACUGAGUAUGACACGUGAAACCCUUUUGUGGCGGAACAUAGACAAGUGGCUAACGACUCGUGGGAGGUCUUGGGCAAGUAGUGAAGAAGGAUGACUUGGUGGGACUUGGAGUUUUGAGACUAAUUGGCUUAGUCAUGGGUGGUCAGACGGGCCUGACUUGGAUGUGGACCAUGUGCAAGAGGCUAUUAGCCAUAUGUCUUGUUGGGCAUGUGUUGGCUGUAAAAGUCAAGAGUGAGAAUUAGAAUAUGAAAUGUAUAAUUGACCCAGUACUGGUUUAUACUAUAUGGGCAUAUGCCAUGUGAAGGUCAAGAGUGAGAAUUAGAAUAUGAAAUGUAUAACUGCCCCAGCAUGGGUUUGUACUAUGGCCAUAGGAUGUGUGAGAGGGAAGUGUAUGUCAUAGCUCUCGAGGGCAUUAACGACCCACUUAAUGAUAAUGCAUGCUUGAUUGAUAUGCAUGGCUUGUAAUGACCAGUGAAGUGGGCUGACGAUCAUGUCAACUUUAAUGAGCCUCGUGUGCAGGCAAUGAAGUGUAGGGCGUGAGCUGGUAUACCUCCCACACCAGGUGGUAGUGCAAGCCUUAAUGCUACAAUAGUGACCGCGAGUGUUAAUGCAUACUUGGGGCUAUGUGAACCCCUUUCCUAGACCCUAGAGGGACAGGGUUGAUUAUAUAUGUGGAAGUGUAAAAGUGGAUAAGAGUAGGCUAUAUAUGACGGUGUAAAAAUGGAUAAGAGUGGGCUAAGACCCUUCUCUAUAACUUUUGCACGUCUUGUGUGACUGUUUGCUCCUUUCCUUGGGUGGGGGCUUGUCGAAAGCUGGCAUGGCCUAGUCUGAAUUUGCAUUAGACUUGGUGUUGCAUGGUUUUGACUAAGUGAAAAAAGCCCCAUUGUAGUUGGUUCUGGAGUGUGGUGAUCAUGGCUGGUGGUGUCUUUGCCAAAAUUGGAGAGCGAUCAACCACCUUGAGGAGCAGCUAGAGCAAAUACUGAUUAAUGACCCAAGGCGCUCAAGAAGAUGAGUUGGGGCAGAGCUUCACCACCUUGGGGGCUUGGAUAAGUAUCUUUUAAGCUAAUUGUGGAGGAUCAAUGUGGCGCCUAUGACAUUUGUACGGGAGAGCUAAAUGGAAUACCUUAGAACUUGGCAGACUCCUCUAAGGUGAGUCUUGUGACAAUGCAAGAACAUGUAACAGUUGUCAAGAAGGCCUUGUGCAGCAGCACUACAAGCAGGUUCGAUUUAAGGAGUGUUAGGGUGCCUGUGCCCUGUUUUUGUCAGCAAUGCCAGCUAGUUGGCUUGUGAGGCUUAGCAUAGGCUGCAACAAAUAGGCUAAAUAAGGGAACACAUGAUGAGGUUUGCAUCUCUCAUACUGGAAAUUCGAACUAUGAUCAUUGAGGAUUGGUUGUUCAACAUCUUGUCCAGAUUCCAAGAUUGGCUACAUGUCUAGUUGAGGAGGCAAGGUGUACGAGCCCAUUGUUAGGAAGAGGCAUGAGUCAGCUGGCAAGGAUGGGCUUUCAAGGUCCAACAAUGAGAGAGUGGUGCACUGCCUAGACAUAAGAAGGUGACCAAAGAGAGAGGCACCUCAGAAGGCUUAUAAAGAUCUUAUGCAAGGGUUACUUAGGAGAGUGACUUCUUAGAAUAGCCGCUCCUCAAUGCAAUUUAACUAAGGAGGAGGGCCUUUCUCAUGCUUACUCUAACAAACUUGUUGAACAGGGAGCCACUGGUGUUUGUAUGCUGGAAGGUCAUUUGUGGAAAAGAAAUCACAUAUGAUUAAAUAAGCAAACCAGGAAAUCAGUCUCAAUUGAGAAAGAGAGCAAUUUCCUAACCAGAAUGCUGAUUUCCUAAUGACAGCCAACUGUAGUUAGACAUUUUUAAUGGAGAGCAUCCUUUGCAAA